AUGAACUUUAACCGAUCUAUACUCCUGCCAUAUGACCUAUUCACAAAGGUUGACCAGAAAUGUAUCCGCCCCGGGGAAUAUGUUGUCCAUUGGACCUUGCAAGUACAGGUGAUUUCAAAGGGACGGAGAAUAAAUGCAAAUAGGAAUCCGGAAAGGGAAGGGGGCUCCCAAAGAGGGAGCCUAAAAGUCACUCAAAAGGCCCUGGCCAAGGGCGCUAAACACUGGGGGAGGGUGAGGAAGGAGACUUACACCAUCUCCAUCUGCAAAGUGAAGAAGCAGGUCCACCCAAACACCAGCAUCUCUUCCAAGGCUGUAAGCAUCAUGAACUCGUUCGUCAAUGACAUCUUCGAGCGCAUCGCCGGCGAGGCUUCCCGCCUGGCCCACUACAACAAGCGGCAGACCAUCAGCUCCCCGGAGAUCCAGACCACCAUGUGCCUGCUGCUGCCCGGGGAGCUGGCCAAGCACGCCGUGUCGGAGGGCACCAAGGCCGUGACCAAGUACACCAGCUCCAAGUGA